CUAUCUUCCUGGUAUGUAUGACCAUCAUCAAGCACUGCUAGAAACUGCUCCUUGAUUCAGCCAAAAUAUUGCCCCGCCUAGUCCAAACAACCCAGCUUGCAUUCAACGCGGUUUUGAUCUCAAGGUGGAACUGCGAGGUGGAGGACUAGACUCGAGAGGUUCGCCGAGAUCAACAUGGGUCACUUAGUUAUCGGUGUUGAUCUUGGUGGUAAGUCCUUCCCUUGUCGUCGGCUAACCAAAAUGAUGCUUUGCCAGCAACAAGAAGGCAGCAGACUCGUCACAGUGCUACAUUCACACAAGAGUCCACAAUGGAUCUCAGCGAGUUGAAGGAUGACCUUUAUGACCUAUACCGCAAUAGAUCAUCCUACUGGGUGCGAGACAUCCCAUAUUUCAAGAGUUCUUGCUCAAAGAUCCUAUGGAAACUCGGCCCGGUCUUUACAGAGCGCGAGACUUAUGGGGAUGAUGAUAUCUAUAAGACCUAUAUAACAGAGACAUGUGGUACAUGUGUUGCAACUCAGGUUGAAGGGCCCAGUCCAGGAGUUCAGGGCAUUGCAAAGAUCAGACUGCAGAUUCCUGAUGAUCCUGAAAACCCUUCAUCAACCAAACCUCAACGCAGCAGCUCUCGUCUUGCAUUUGAAUAUUAUAACCAUCGUACACUCACAGAACUUGGUUGCACCUGUAUCCCAAAGCUGCUAGACUAUACACUUUUCACUCAAAAGAAGGGUGAUCCUCUUCCUGGUGGCUUCCUUUUCAUUCUUGUGAUGGAAAGAUUGCCAGGGCGCAACUUGGUUAAUUUUGCUGAUUUGCCCAUGUCCGAGCGGGAUCAGGUCCGGUUAGCAUUUGCCAAGUCAAUCCGCGAGUUCUACGCCUUCAGGUUCAUGCAUAAUGACCCUGAUCGUCGCAAUCUGAUGUGGGACCCUGAGAAUAAAAAAUGCUACAUAAUAGACCUCGAAGACGCGUAUCAAAUCAAUGACGAUGAGGAGCCCACCAAGUUCAUGCCUGAGAUUCAUUAUCGCGAGUGGGGGAUUGCUGGGCCCGAAAUCAACUGCCACAUGUAUGGCUUGGAUCCAAUGGUCCCGCAUGAUCGCAAGUUCAUUAAGGACCCAGACGACAAGACACUCGAGAGGAUGGCCGCCGAUUCAGCAGGCAACCAGCUUGUGUUUGGAAAAUAAACUAUUCUUCUUCAAUAUACGCUUUCGGUAUGGUAUGGAUGAGACCCAACCCGAGUGGUUCUAGAGCCAGCAGAGUCUCUUUGGCCACCACUGGAAUUCUGAGGCCUAUGGGUUGCUUGCUUUACUAUUCUCAUUCUUGGGGGCUAGGCUAAACUCCAAUCUAAAAGCCUCUCGGAGCCUGCUGUCAUAGUUCUUCUUAUCUUCCAUUUUCCUGA